AUGCUGUCUAACGGUCGAAGCGACGAGAACAUCGUGCUACAGUUGUCUGGAGGCGAGGUAAUGCGCGAAUUUUUCACUCCAAUUGAGCAACUGAAGCGAGUGAAUAGAUUCUUCAAUCUGCAUUCGGUCUACAUAUACAUUAAUCAUAUCUACGAGGAAGAUGGCGGAUGUGAGAUAUAUCUGAGUGAUAGCGAUUUUGAGACUGUGCAAAGCAGGAAGGGUUUACCCAAAUCUGAGAAGAUUUUACGAUUUCGACCGCGUUACUGCAUCAGACCAUCGAGUGAUCAGAUCGUCGCAAGGAUAGAACUAUACUGGGACAUGAAACUUGUCGAAUAUAACGAUCGUGUACCAGAUGGAUUUACAGUACACAGCGAGUUUUUCUUACCAGAAGGACAGUUCAGCGAGGUCAUCAAGGAAAAGGAGGAGGAGAACGUUGCAUUGGCAGCUGCUGCGUUUUCAAGACCUACGGUAGCGAUGACCACAGCUACAGCUGUUGAAAAGCGUUGUUCGCGUCGUGAUGGAUGA